ACGCACACACACACGCACACAUCAUUUUGCAUAGACACUUGCUAAUCAGAGCACUAACCGCAGGUCUUCAGGGACGUGUUUCUUCUGUUCUUGUUGUGUCUGUUUGUCCCCGUUCAGCACUAACCGCAGGUCUUCAGGGACGUGUUUCUUCUGUUCUCGUUGUCUCUGUUUGUCCCCUAUUUGCCCCCGUUGAGCUCCUCCCACACCGAGGGCCACAGAAAGUGUCACAAUCUGCAGCUUCCUUCUCUUGGAACAGCAGUCGCGCUGUGCAGGCGUGCUCGCUGCAGCUCCGCAGCACAGUCUCUGGCCUCAGAGUCACCAGGCAGCAUGUUCUCCUGCCGGAAGUCUGUGCUACUGUUCCUGAUGAUCGCGUAUUCAGGUGGGGUUGGAGCACUUACCCAUGAGGCCUUGCACCAGCAUACAGCCCCAGAGGUGCAGCCACAGACGACGAAAGACACUGCAGCCCCUGCAGCCCCUAAAGCCCUGCAGUUGCUCGCGACUCUCGGCCAGACCGCUCUCCUGCCCUGCGACCUCCCAGACCCCCCUCCCUCUCUGCGUGACCUCCGGCUCUUCUGGCAAACGGCCAAAAGACACGAGGUGGUUCACGUCUUCAUCAAAGGCCGGGAAGAGUUUGAACAUCAGUCCCCUGCCUACCAUAACAAGACCCGGCUCUUCACCAGUCAGCUGCAGUUUGGCAACUUCAGCCUGGAGUUACGCAACGUCUCUGAGCACGACAACCUCACCACCUUUCAGUGUGUUGUAUGUCAUGGCAGCCUGGACUGUAAGACAACACUGAUUGACCUGUGGACAGUGGAGAGAAAAGAUGAUGGUGGCAAGGAAGAGUCAGUAGCGCCCCCUGCUGACAGGAGGGUGUGGCACAUCGGUAUCCCAGCAACUGCUUGUCUGUUGGGGCUACUGAUACUGACCUUUAUUAUCUGCCUCUGUCCAGGCACUGGGAACAAGUGCAGCUCAUCAUCCCCAUACAACAGCACUGACCCAGAGCGUGGUAAGGGGCCUCAGAAUGACCAUCUGAUGGCAGAAGAGUCCACAGUGGAGCUGGAGAUGAGAGAGGAGGAUGGAGGAGAAAGAAAGAGGGAGAGAGAGGAGGAUGGAGAAGAGAGGGAGAGUGAUAGAGAGGAGGAUGGAGGAGAGAAAGAGAGGGAUAGAGAGGAGGAUGGAGGAGCGAGAGAACAGAAGCAGGAUGGAGGAGGGAGAGGACCAUGGCAGUGGAGCACCGCUCUCUGUCCCUGCAGAACGGACACAGUGGAGGACAACAACAACAACAACAACAACAGCAACAGGAGAACCAUCUCCGCCUUACCUGUGUGAGAAACAACCCUAGGUAUUAGCUAUGAUAUGCAACACAUAAUGACAUUAUUAUAUAUUAUAUAUACCAGAGCAAGCUAGGCUUCUCUAUAGAAAUGUUACUAUACGUACGGUUUCCCAAAACACUGAAGACUGUUUGAUUGAAUUGAAUGUCAUUUCCAACAUUUGAAGGUCCCCUUUGUCUUCAUAUUACUGCUGCCACAAAAACAUGACAUAAUGGGUGUUCUUUUUCUUGUUUUGACGUAUAAUAAGCUGGGCAAUGUUGAGAUAUGUUUCCCUACGUAUACUGACCAGCAGAUUAUGCAUUACCCCUCACAUUAUAAAGAUAAUCAUAUUAAAGAAGAAUAAUAGUAAAGAUAACAAUUA